UUUUUUUUCUCUUACUUUUAUUUAUUUGAAAAAUGAAGGCUAUUGUAUUAAAUAAUUGGUUAAAAGAUGUUGAUGAGUUGGUGGUUGAUAAUAAUGCACCUGAACCAAAGUUGGGAGAUAAUCAAGUUUUGGUUGAAAUUAAGGCUGUUGCUUUGAAUUUUUUCGAUAUUUUACAGGUUCAAGGGAAAUAUCAAGAGAAACCACCGUUUCCUCAUAUUCCCGGAACUGAGUUUUCUGGAAUUGUUAUCAAAGCAGGAGAAAAAUGUAAAAAAUCAUUUAAACAAGGAGAUAAAGUAUUUGGUAGUGCAAGUGGAUGUUUUGCAGAACGUGUUUCGGCACAAAUUAAUAAUUUACAUUUAAUACCUGAUGGUAUGAGUUUUGAAGAAGCUGCAGGGUUAUCUAUUACUUAUCCUACUAGUUAUGCUGCUUUAGUUAUCAGAGCUAAAUUACAAAAAGGCGAAUGGUGUCUUGUUCAUGCUGCAGCUGGUGGUGUUGGAGCGGUAGCGGUACAAGUUGCUAAAGCUCUUGGAGCAAAAGUUAUUGCUACAGGAGGUUCAUCAGAAAAAUUAGCUAUUGCAAAAAAAGUGGGUGCAGAUUAUGCAGUUAACUAUAAAGACAAAGAUUGGCAAAAGCAAGUAUUAAAAAUUACGGGAGGAAAAGGUGUUGACGUUGUUUAUGAUCCUGUAGGAUUAAUUGUUCCUUCUAUUAAAUGUAUAGCAUGGAAUGGGAGACUCGUCGUUAUUGGAUUCGUAAGUGGCAAUAUUGAAAAAGUACCAACAAAUCUUGUAUUACUUAAAAAUAUAUCAAUUAUUGGGUUAUUUUGGGGCUCAUAUGCAAAAAAUGAUCCAGAACGUAAUGAUGAAGUUUGGAAUGAUCUGUUUAAUUUAUUUGGUAGUGGAAAAUUAAAACCUCUUGUUUAUGAAAAAGUUUUUCAUGGAUUGGAUAACGUAAAAGUUGGCCUAAAAGCUAUUGCGAAUAGAAAUACUUUUGGUAAAGUAGUUGUUAUUCCUAAUGGUGCUAGAUCAAGUAAACUUUAAUUAUGGUUUGGAUGAGCUUUUUUUUUAAUUUAUUUAAGAUUGUAAAAUUUAAAAAUUAUAGUAAGAGUAUAUGUAUUGAUAAUCAACCAUUAAAUGUAGAAUUUUGUUUAAAGAGAAUAAAAAUACUUGUGAAAUUCUUUUGAUUACCAAACU